GGGUCAAGUGGUGUUAGCAAUCACAUCAGCAACAAACGGCUCAGGAUGCUCCAGUUUCAAAGCUCAGAAAACAGAGGGUGAUUCCCUUGGGACUCACUCAGCUCAGCUCUCCGAAGAGCAAAGGCCAGAAGGCAGCAGUGAGCCUGGGUCCUGGCUGUGUGGGGAGACUCAGGUGCUGGGAAGAAGUGUGGAAACAGAAACACUGAAGGUUUAUGUGAGCUUUGCACCGAGCACCUCUGAACUACUGCCUCUGGGCUCAACAGAACACAGCUAAGUUUCCAUGAACUUCUCAAAAAGAAGGCUGGGAAGCUUUCUGUCUUGAUGAUUUGAGGACCCACUGGUUUCAGAGGUGCCACAUUUGGAACCAGAUCCGAGUCUCUAAGAGAGAUUUGAAAUCAGACCCAUUUCCUGGCCACUUUCUACAAACUGGGAAGGGAGUUUCUGGCAACAUUUUCCCUCUGGAAAUACACUACGGGUGUACCAGGGAGUUCCACCACCCAGGCCGGCACUGUGGCUCAAUGCCUGUAAUCCCAGCACUUUGGGAGGCAGAGGUGAGAGGAUCACAUGAGUCCAGGAGUUCGAGACUAGCCCGGGCCACAUAAUGAGACCUCAUCUCUACAAAAAAAUUAAAAAAUUAGCCUGGCAUGCUGGCUCGCGCCUGUAUUCCCAGUUGCUUGGGAGGGGCUGAGGCGGGAGGAUCACUUCAGACCUGAAGGUCGAGGCUGCGCUGAGCCAUGAGCGGCCACUGCACUCCAGCCUGGGCGACAGACCCUCUGUCAAAACAAACAAACAAUGCUGAGCCAUUCUUCAUCAUACAAUCUAGGAAACUUAUUCAACAACUUUCCGAGCAAUGCUGAGAUUUCCACCAAGGAAGCCCAGAGAAAUGGGCCAGGCCCCCGCUUUGCCAGGGUUAGAGGGGAUUCCCUCAAAAUCGAGGGUGCGAGGUGCUGCGGUGGAUACAUUUAAUAUUCUUUCCAAGACACCCAUGAUGGCAAGGCAGUAGCAGAUAGAAAGCAACAAAAGCGAAGAGAGCAGGGCUGAUCCUCAAAGACUUUAUAAAUUAGACUUUUUAUAAAAACUCUAAAAGUCAAGUAAUAACAUGCCUACUCCGCUUCUAAGAAAAGUGUGCAGAAACAUCUCCAGCCAGAAAGACUGCUCCUGCCUACCCAAGUCAGAGAAGCUUCAUCAGGCCAAUAGCUUCCCCUCUGUCCCCCUCCUACCGCUUGUCUCCCUUCUUCUCCCACAACACACCCCAUACCUGGCGGCAUUUUACACCUUCCCAGAAGGGGCUGCCAAGCGCGGAGUCGCGGAGGACGCAGGCGCAGCGCGUCUCAGAUUAAUAUUAAGAUUGGAAGUUUGUAUUUUUUGCUGGAUAUUGGAAAUUGAAUGUAAUGGCAACAGAAUUUAUAAAGAGUUGCUGUGGAGGAUGUUUCUAUGGUGAAACAGAAAAACACAACUUUUCUGUGGAAAGAGAUUUUAAAGCAGCAGUCCCAAAUAGUCAAAAUGCUACUAUCUCUGUACCUCCAUUGACUUCUGUUUCUGUAAAGCCUCAGAUUGGCUGUACUGAGGAUUAUUUGCUUUCCAAAUUACCAUCUGAUGGCAAAGAAGUACCAUUUGUGGUGCCCAAGUUUAAGUUAUCUUAUAUUCAACCCAGGACACAAGCAACUCCUUCACGUAUGGAAGAACUUGAAGCAUCUGCCAGAGCAUCUUUUGGAGAUCGAAAGGUAGAACUUUCCAGUUCAUCCCAGCAUGGACCCAGCUAUGAUGUGUAUAACCCAUUCUAUAUGUAUCAGCACAUUUCACCUGAUUUGAGUCGACGCUUUCCUCCCCGUUCAGAAGUGACGAGACUGUAUGGAUCGGUUUGUGAUUUAAGGACCAACAAACUUCCCGGUUCCCCUGGGCUAAGCAAGUCUAUGUUUGAUCUUACAAGCUCAUCUCAGCGAUUCAUCCAGAGACAUGAUUCAUUGUCCAGUGUACCCAGUAGUUCUUCUUCAAGGAAAAAUUCUCAGGGGAGUAACAGAAGCCUGGAUACAAUUACUCUAUCAGGAGAUGAAAGGGACUUUGGGAGACUGAAUGUGAAAUUGUUUUAUAAUUCUUCAGUAGAACAGAUCUGGAUCACAGUUUUACAGUGCAGAGAUUUAAGUUGGCCCUCUAGUUAUGGAGACACUCCUACUGUUUCUAUAAAAGGAAUACUUACAUUGCCCAAACCAGUGCAUUUCAAAUCUUCAGCCAAGGAAGGUUCCAACGCUAUUGAAUUUAUGGAAACGUUUGUAUUUGCUAUUAAACUUCAAAGUCUACAAACCGUAAGGCUUGUAUUUAAGAUUCAAACCCAGACUCCCAGGAAGAAAACCAUUGGAGAAUGCUCACUAUCACUCAGAACCCUUAGCACACAGGAAAUGGAUUACUCUUUGGAUAUAACACCACCUUCAAAAAUUUCUGUUUGCCAUGCAGAACUUGAAUUGGGGACUUGUUUUCAAGCAGUAAAUAGCAGAAUUCAGUUACAAAUUCUCGAGGCACAAUACCUUCCAAGCUCCUCAACACCUUUGACUUUGAGUUUUUUUGUGAAGGUGGGAAUGUUUAGCUCGGGAGAGUUGAUUUACAAGAAAAAGACACGCUUACUGAAGGCCUCCAAUGGAAGAGUCAAGUGGGGAGAGACUAUGAUUUUUCCACUUAUACAGAGUGAAAAAGACAUUGUUUUUCUCAUUAAGCUUUAUAGUCGAAGCUCUGUAAGAAGAAAACACUUUGUGGGCCAGAUUUGGAUAAGUGAAGACAGUAAUAACAUUGAAGCAGUGAACCAGUGGAAAGAGACAGUAAUAAAUCCAGAAAAGGUUGUUAUCAAGUGGCACAAAUUAACUCCAUCUUGAAGACUUCACAUAUUAAUUUGGUGAAGAACUUGACAUUCUUUUAGAAGACUUAAGAUUUCAAUUUGCUACCAAUGAGAAGAGACAAAUCAAUAUAUUUGUCAAUUUAUGGGAGCUAUAAUUACUGUAUGUAAUGUAUCUGAUAGAAAAUUUGAUAAGAAAAUAUAAUGAAUUUUAUCAGAUAUUCAAAGUAAAGGAAAUGUUUUAAAACUGUGCAACAAGAGACACAGAUAGUAAAAUCAAAGGAUAGUAUUAAGAUGACUAAAUAAAUUAUAAAGUCUAUGAGAAUAUCAACCACCGAUAGUUCUUUCUAUAUUAUGUUUUUGCUUUUAUAUUUUAAGCUUUACUUAGAUAUUCAAAACCUGGUAUAGCAAGUCUCUUAGUACUAUUGAUAUUUAGAAGACUUUAACAUUACUUCAGUGCUAGGCAUUAUUGAUUGGGUCUUGGCUGCAUUGUUUACCUCUUGCUAUAUAUUUUCUCCUGGUAAAAAUGAAUUGAACCAUUUCAACUAUUUUCUGUAUUGGGGGAAAGUUUGUGCCCUGUGUUUUAUAAUUUUUUACCCAUAAGACAUCACAUUAUCACUUUAUAAGCUACUUAUCUCCAAGAAACUUCAGAAAUAGAAAACUACAUUUUGGCAGGAAUAAUUGAAAACACCAGAAGGUUGAAGUUUAAUUGGAAACCCAGAAUAUACAUACUUUGCUGUUUUCUUCACUCAAAUAUUUUACUAUUUGUUUUAUUUGGAGUAAAAGUAAGAGAAUCGUCCAUAUGGUCUGUCCUAAUUCACAGAACUAAAUGAGCUUAAAUAGCAAAUUCAGUAUUUUAUGAUAAUCAGUUCUUUGUUUUUAGUUUUUAAAAUUUAGAUUAUUCUAUAAUUUACAAUAUUUGAGUAUUUUCCCAUUUUUUUUUUAUAACCAUACCUGAUUAUACUGUGUAACAAAUAAGUAUUUUCUAUUGCAGUUUUCUUUCCAGUACUUUAAUUAGAACUCAGUAUUUGGAAAUAAUUUCAGUUUAAUUGACCAUAAGAACUGUGGCCAAAAAGAACAGCUUUUUGGAGAGGCAGAUGACAUUAUACCUGAUUUUAGAAAAUCUCACUUUAUUUUUGCUAAUAAGUAGACCAAGUGCUCUGUGUUCUCAGUCUUCCCUUCCCCCCCACCACAUUCUUACUUUGUCCCACACAUAAGCAUGCCUUCUUUAUUCCAGCUCCUAUGUUCUAUGUAUAUCAUUAACAUUUUCCCAAAUAAACACUUAAUUCUCCUUUCCCUAGGUGCCGUCUCCUCAAGCUACAAAAUGUCCAUAUCUUACAUCCCCUUUGCUUCUACUGCCCUGAUUUUGUGGUACCAGUACUCUCUGCCACUGAACAUUUUGAAAUACUUUUGUUUUAGAUUUGUAAAAAAUGACAUAUAGGUCAAUACUGACAUGGACUUUUAAGAUAAAUCACCUGUGUGAUAUUAUUUUGAAUCUGAGACAAAUACAAGUUUUAAAAAUUGUUUUUAAAAAUAGACUUUUUUUUAGAGCAGUUGUAGGUUAACAGAAAAAUUGAGAGGAAGAUAGAGAUUUCCUUUCUCCCCCAACAAAGCCCUCAACAGCCUCCCACGCUAUCAAUAUCCUGCACCACAAUGGUACAUUGUUAGAAUCAAUGAACCUACUCUCAAAUAUCAUUAUCAUCCAAAGUUCAUGGUUUACAUUAGGGUUCCCUCUUGGUGUUAUACAUUCUAUAGGUUUUGACAAAUGUAUGAUGAUAUGUAUCCAUCAUUAUAAUAUAGAGUAGUUUCACUGCCCUAUACAUCCUCUGCAAAUGCAACUAUUUUAAUGGGUACCAAAGAAGUAAAUGUAUUUACUGGCUUUCAGAUAAUAAAUAACAGGCUUUAUUGUUUAUUUUUAAAGCUA